AUGGCUGAGGAGGAGGAAGCAAGCUGGGACCACACCUUGGAGGAGUGGCUCAUCAGCGAGGGCUACUGCUAUGCCGCUGGCAUGGCCCAGCUAGAAGAUGGCGGCUUCUACGCCGCCGCACCUGAGAAGGACGAGGCUGGAUGGGGCUUCAUCUACAUGGAGGAUCAUGAGCAGAUGAUUUUGCAGGAUGACGGCGUGACUGAGAAGAAGAUGACCAUCAACGAGGGCACCGGCCUCAAGUUCCUGGCCGACAACCACAAGGCCGCACCCACUGGCCUCUGGUUCGGAGGGGAGAAAUACAAAGUAACACGCGUGGACAAGGCCAUGGAGUCUGGAGAUGCCUCGUUUGUGUUCAUCUUUGCGGCUAAGCCCAAGAAGGGCGUUUCCAUUGCCAUCACCAAGAGCCAGAUCAUCUGUGGAUUCUACGACGAAGAGAAGGGCCAAGUGGGCGGCAACUGCACAAAGGCUGUCGUCGCCUUUGCGGAGUACAUGGUCGGAUUGGGCUACUGA